AUGCGCUGGCUCGUAGGGUUGACGCUAGUUCAAGCAGUACUAUGCUCUGUUCUAGGAGUUGACUUUGGUGCCGAGUUCACUAAAUCGGCCCUAGUGGCCCCUAAUAUUCCAUUUGAAAUUAUCUUGACCCAAGACUCAAAACGAAAAGAUACAUCGGGUCUUUUAUUUAAGCCGGUUGAUGGCGAGUUCGAGCGUGUUUACGGCACUACGGGGCAUGCUUUAGUUUCUCGUUUUCCUCAAGCAGCAUUCUACUAUCUCAAGCAGCUUCUGGGGCUUCCAGUGGGACACGAAGGCGUUUCUUCAUACCAGGAUCUGAAUCCAGGUGUCGUACUAUCUGGAAGCACUCGGCAGUCUAUUGACCUGAGUAUUGCAUCUGAACAGAUUCCUGUCGAGGAAGCAGUUGCUAUGACGUUUUCCGAUAUCAAGAGACGCGCACAGGAGCUGCUGGACCACAAGUUUGGUACUGGCAGCAUCAAAGAUGUCGCAGUAGCCAUUCCUGGUCAUUUGACAAUGGAUCAGCGUCGAGCCCUAGUUGAUGCUAUUGAGUUAUCCGGUUUGAGUUUGAUCUCCUUGGUUGACGAUGGUGUUGCUGUGGCUGUUAACUAUGCUUCAACUCGUCAAUUCACCGAAGACAAACAGUAUAUCGCUGUCUACGACAUGGGUGCUCAGUCAACUACCUCCACCCUUCUUUCUGUUCGUCAAGAAGGAAACAACGUGGUUAUUGAUGUGGAAGGCUUCGGCUAUGACACCAAUCUGGGCGGACAUGCUAUUACCAAGGUUAUUCGGGAUACACUUGUUGAUGAGCUGUCCAAGGUGGCUAAGGUUUCAACCGUUGAUUUGCGUACGCCAAAAAUUCUUAAUCGUUUGUGGCGUGAGGCCGAACGUGCAAAGGCUGUUUUGAGUGCAAACACAGAAACUCGAGUCCAUAUCGAGUCCGCUUAUAAGGAUUAUAAUAUUGAUUUGAAAAUUGAGCGGGCGGUUCUGGAAAAGGCCUGCCAGGGAUUGGUUUCUCGCGUCUCUGGUCCGCUACAGGACUCUUUUAAAUUGUUUAACGGCGACCAGUUGCAAGUUGCGGACUUAGACUCCGUCAUUCUCGCUGGUGGCGGUACCAGGUCUCCGUUCGUCCAGGCCGAAAUCCGUAAAAUGGCCGGGGACAUCAUUUCCAAAAAUGUCAAUGCGGAUGAAGCUGCUUGCAUGGGUGCUACACUCCGUGGCGUUGGUAUUUCUGGUAUUUUCAAGAGCAAAAACAUCACUGUCGUGGAUCGCUCUCCGUUCGACUAUUCAUUGACGGUUAACGGAGAUAAAAAGUCUCUGUUCCCCACAGGAUCCACAUUGUCUUCGACAGCGCGUUUGAACGUUUCUGUGACCGACGAGUUGAAACUUGAGCUUAUUGAAAACGGUUCGCCAAUUUUGCAGUGGUCUAUUCCGUCUAUUUCUGAAGCGAUUACCUACCUCGAGGAGAGCAGUAAAUGCGUUGACGAGCCCACGGUUGACUUGAAAUUUCAACUGGACAAGAAUAGAAUCGCUCAGCUGAUGUGGUCCUCUGUCAAGUGUAACAAGGCCAUUACCAAGACCAACGAGACAACGACCGAGAAUGUUGAGACUCGUGAGUCUUCAAGAUAUUUACCUGCCACGCCCAAGUAUAUGGGUGCGACACCGCUGAGCUCUUCAGAACGUCAAAAACUGCUGUAUCACAUGAGCGUUCUUGACAAGGCCGACAAAGACCGCCAGCGGAAAGAAGGGCUCCAUCACGAACUGGAGACUCUGCUGUAUCGCUUGCGUGAUCUUGCCCCUGAGCUUCCCGAUAUUCACUCUCUGAUGGAGUGGAUUGAUGAGGGUAAAGGUACAAUUGUGCAGUACGCUGAGAAGCUUGCCCAUGCCAAGAAGAUCCACAAGGAUUUGAAGCCUGAAGCUGAUCCUAAGCCCGAGUCUGAGCAAAAGUCUGAGCCCGAGCAGCAGGCGCAAAAACCUGAGUUGGAUCUUGCAAAGCUAUUGACGCAAGCAGGUAUUGUCGUUGAUAAGACUCAAGAGAACUGGCUUCUGCAGGCGUUUACGUCGGCCACCGCCGAGCAAAUCGAAAACUUGAAGAAGCAACUACCUUCUCUCCCCAAAGAUCUAGCCGAAAAACUCCUUGAGGUCAUUGACAAACUGUCCCCUCAUGACGAACUGUAG